AAAAAAAGGUGGUUCGAGCAAGCGAGCACACCCAAUCACUGACACCGGGCCCCACACCUUCAGCCAAUCGUAAUUGUUCGUUACUUCCUUCUUCAUCUUCGUCUUUCUUUCUCCAAGCCAAGAGAAUGCGAUGGGAUCUAUACCGUUGAGUCGGAGCUCAUACCGAUUCCAACAUCCGAAUCCGUUUCGAUCUCUCGAAUCGCUGCCUCUCCUCUCCGUCACUCGUCUUCGCGUCCGCCAAUCUGGAUCUCCCUCUUCCUUCAAGUUCAAUGUAGCAAGGCAUGGAUGCAGCAGCAGCAGCAGCAGCAGCAGCAUCAUGGGGCAUAAUAGCUCUUUCUCAGUCAAGGCCUUUGAUGACGAUUCAUUUGAUUAUGAUUCCGGCGACAUAUUUGCUGCUGCUUAUUCGAUUUCUUCUAGUGAAGGCGAAGAGAGCGAUGGUGAGUAUGGCCUCAAUGUGGUUACUGAAACUACCGCACAAAGGCUCGGCAAGUUCCCUAGGGGCCGCAAAAAACACAGGAUCAGAUACGGGAUUAAUUUGGGGCUUCUUGCCUUUUUGACGCUCCUGCUUUUAUUUAUGGACUCUUUUGCUUGGAAGAUUGUUAGACUCCCUCUCCCUCCAUAUUUCUUGACCCUUCCCUUCUUCACGUCGGCGAUUUUAGUCACCUUAGCAGGUUAUGUUUGCGUUCCCAUGCUAGACAGAAUGAAAGUGCAUGAGCCAAUCAGGAGACUAGGGCUUGUUACUCAUAGCCGUAGACAAACAAUCCCCACAAUGGGUGGUUUGUUCUUUGUUCCUAUUGGUGUUGUUGUUGCAAUAGCCAUGACUAGAUUCUCCUCCAUCGAAGUCGCUGGAGCAGCGGCUGUUACUGUAUUGUUUGCAGCGAUUGGUCUAGUUGAUGACUCUUUAAGCCUUGGCAGUGAUAAUAACAACGGGUUAUCUGCAAAGAUACAACUCCUUUUGGAGGGAGCGGUCGGGACAUGCUUUGCGUUUUGGUUGGAGAGGGCAAGCAUAUCAUCUCCUUAUGGCAUGAAAAUGUUGGUCCCUUUGCCUUCACCAUUACGUCUCAUUUGCUUGGGAAAGCUUUACCUAUUGUUGACAUCGUUAUACUUCGUUUCCAUGGGGAACUUAGUCAAAGCAACCGACGGUCUCGAUGGAUUGGCUGGAGGUAUUGCUGCCUUGGCUUUCGUUGCUAUGGCAAUUGUAGUUCUUCCUAUUUGCUCCGAUCUUUCUAUAUUCGGAGCUUCGAUGGCUGGAGCUUGCUUUGGGUUUCUACUUCACAAUCGGUACAGAGCAUCUGUGUCUAUGGGAGGUACUGGAUCAUUGGCUAUCGGUGGAGCUUUGGCUGCAAUGGCUGCUUGCUCCGGAAUGUUCUUGCCAUUGUUCAUAUCCUCUGGUGUUUCUAUCUUGGAAGCUGCUUCUGUCAUUAUUCAGGUAGCGUUUUACUCGGCGACUAAGCGUUUAAAGGGAAAAGGGCGUCGGGUUUUCAAAACAGUGCCGUUUCAUCAUCACCUAAGGCUAAGUGGCUUGAAGGAGCCAAUGAUAGUUACAAUGGCAUAUGUUAUAUCGUCUUUGCUCUCUCUUUCAGCAGCUUACAUAGGUCUUAUCUCUGUAUAACUCUCUCUUUUCUUGCCCUUCGGAUCUCUUCACAGUUUUUGUUUUCUUAAAUUCUUUAAGAGAGAAAAGGAGAAACGAUAAAAGUUGAUAUAAAAUGGACUGCCUACCAAAAA